CUUGUAUGGCAUUCGUGUAGGAUUCAGUAGGAUUCUUUGACGUUUGUUGUAUAAGAGCUGCAUGAUUUCUAACCUCCAAUAACGAAUAACUGUGUGUGAUAUAUUCGAAUAUUUCCUUAACUUCGUAUAAAGGAAACCGUAACAAUGUCGGAACGUAAAGUAUUGAACAAAUACUAUCCGCCGGAUUUCGACCCGUCGAAAAUUCCGCGGAUGAAAUUUGCCCGCAACCGUCAGUAUACUGUUCGUUUGAUGGCACCCUUUAACAUGCGUUGUAAAACCUGUGGCGAGUACAUAUACAAAGGAAAAAAGUUUAAUGCUCGUAAAGAGGAUGUGGAGGGUGAUGAUUAUCUGGGAAUAAGGAUAUAUCGUUUUUACAUAAAGUGUACACGUUGCCUUCAAGAAAUAUCAUUUAAAACAGAUCCGAAGAACACAGAUUAUGAGAUAGAGGCUGGUGCUACACGAAAUUUCAUGGCAUUGAAAUUAGCCGAGGAGCAGGCACAGCGGGAGGAGGAUGAAGAGAAGGAAGAGGAGGCGACUAAUCCAAUGAAGUUACUUGAAAAGAGAACACAGCAAUCAAAACAAGAGUUAGAAUUGUUGGAAUCUCUUGAAGAAUUGAAGGACCUUAAUAGGAGACAGCAAACUAUUGAUUAUGAUCAGAUGCUUGAACAGUUUGACACAGAAGCAGCUACUCGAAGAACUGAAAAGGAACAGGAAGAAUUGGAUGAACAAUAUGUUCGUUCUGUAUUUGGACAGAAACAGGGAACUAGUGGCGUUGUUGUAGAAGAGGAAAUUAUUGAGUUGAAGGAUGAAAGCAAUGAACCACCAAGAAAAGUAAUGAAAACAGAUGACAAGAAGGUUAAAGAGAAGGACGAAUCAUCGGUAGAAGAAGUUAAUGAAGCACCGAAUAAUGACAAUAAAACACAAUUGCAAUCUACAUCAGUGUCCUCGAUUGUUGGUGGAUCUACGUGGUCAUCAAAUUCAGGUAUAACGUCAAGCAAAUCGAAUUUGAGUGGUCUUGUGAAGAAAAAAAGUAAUUUAGGAGUGAAACUAUACUCGGGUAUCAAAAAAAUAGAUCAAUCGAUUAAUUUAAAAACUGAAUCAAGUUAUUCUGAAAAUCUUGAGAAACCAAAAACCGAAAAUGAUAAAAAAUCGGCAAUUCCAAAAAUAGAUGAAACUGUCGAACCUAAGAAAAUCGUAGAAAAUACACAGAUCUCUACAGUCAAUGGAUUAUCGUUACUCGGUGCUUAUUCUGGUAGUAGUGAUAAUGACAGUGAUUGAUAAAAAAAUUCAAAUUUUAAUUAAAUUGUACAUACUUUUAAUGUAUAAUAUAUAUCAACAGUUAAUUGACACAUACAAAAAAAACGGAUUAUAAAAAUAUUUAUAAAAGCAAGGAAUUAUUUUUGUUUCUAUCUGCAUUUGAUUUUUUUCAUUAAUUUUCUUUUUCUUAAAUAUACGUGAUUCUUAUAUACGACAUUGAAUCAACGAAAGAUUGGCCAAUAUAAACGAAUCGUAAAAAAGUGAAUAAAUAAUACAAAAACAAACGUACAACAAGACUCAAAAGAAAAAUGGCUAAUCUUUCAGUGCUUCAAUGGUUCCUGGUAUGACUGGACGGGCUAGAACGUUGUGAAGACCAUUUGAAAAUUCCUUACGCGAAGCUGAACCCUUUACUCCUAGAAAACAAAAGAGCACAAUCAAAACUAAGAAUCGGUGCAGGUCUGUUUCAAAGGCUAGGCACUCUGUAAGGAAUUUUAAGGUUUCUCAUAUUGCUUAUUAACAAAGAAUUUCUAAUAAAACAAAAAUUUAUAGCUCAGGGUUCAGCACCUAGCCUGUCAAAUCAGACCAAAUUAUACAAAGUACAAUGAAACUAUGUUAGCAAUUAAACUCUUACAUAUGUAUCAAAAAACUGGUCGGAUGAAUAACAAAAGAAUUCCAAAAUUA